UCCCCUUCGAGCCUUGCCUGGGCAAAAACUUCAAAUUUUAUAAGCGCUCCUUUGUCUGGGCAAAACCCUGUGUAAGACGGCCAUUCUUUGCGUGAGAGCUUGGCGACUUCAGGGGCCUGUUGGAGGUGCAAGAAGGAAAGUGGCACCGGCACUAGCACCAGCACCUUUAAGGAUGCUCGUGCCCUAUCUCUCGUUCGUGCGUGUUCCCCUCAGAAGGCCCUGAAGCGAACUUUGUGCCAGAUACCGGUAGCACAAAAGAGGUCUUAUGAUGGCGGAGACACAGAGCAACCACUCCUACCUGGUGAAGACGGUCCUUAAGGGCACUGCAGUGCAGCAUGCGGUGGCGGGGUCCUUCACUGGUCCGGGCGCCUCUGAAGUUGUUCUUGCAAAAGGGACCAUUCUGGAGCUUGUCGUCCCUGCAGAAGACGGCUCCCUAGUCACAUUGUGCGAGCAGUCCAUCUUCGGAGCGAUCCUCAACGCUCAGCUUCUGCCAUGGAGUGAUGCCUUCCACAGCGCCUUGCUGCCAGCCUCGCUGCUGGGGUGCGACCUUCUAGUUCUCCUGUCUGACUCGAGCGACCUCGCCUUCGUUGGGUUCGACAAGGAUGCGCACCGGUUUGUCAGCGUGGGAAGGGUGGACCUGCAAAACGAGGGGUUCUCCCGAACGCGGCUCCCGGCGCUACUCGCGGUGGAUACCGCGGGCCGAGCGGUGGCCAUCGCAGCGGCGGCGGAGCACCUGGCGCUGUUCCAUGCGUCACCGAUGGCCGGAGCGAAGAUCAUGGAAGGGGCACUUCCGAAUGCUUCUCCGCCUGGCGUGGGCCAUCAGAGCUGGGAUGCGAUCGUCAGCAUGGCGUUCGUGCGGCCGUCCGCUGACGACACUGAUAACGGGGUCCUCAAACUGGCCGUCAUCGUUCGGAGGGACGACACCCCGGGCCACGAAGUCCUCAUUCUUUUCCACGACACCCGCGACCGCAGCACGCACCUCUGGGCGCGACUCCCGCCCUCCGCCAACCUCUGCCCUUCCUCCGGCAACCUCCUCCCGCUGCUAGUUCUCGCGCCGCCCCACAUGUCGGAAACGCUCCUCAUUGGCCGGGCCGGCGACCUCAUCGCACUGGAUCUUAGUUUCGAGGGCCCGGUAGUGCGAGCUACAUGGAAUUUUGACAACGCUUUGGGGCGCAGCGAAGCACCGUAUCGAGAACUCGAGUCGCUAGCGUUCGGUGCAUUAGACCUGGCUUCCGACGCUCCGCGCGGGGCCGCGCUGCGGAUCCGUUCGGAACGGAACGGAACGGAAGCCGGGUGGGAGCUUGACCUGCGGUCCCCGGACGCCGAAACAACUAGAGUGGCGAAACGGAGGGUCCGGGUGCGCCCGGGGGAUCCCCCCGGGGAGGAGGAGGUGACGUUCGGCGACUGGAACGACGCAGACGCCGAGACGGCGGUCGCCCACGAGGGCACCAGCGUCGUGAAAGAUGGGCCGUCGAUCUGCGCGUGGGCCUGGCGAUUCGACGGCUCAGGAAAGUCGGAAGCCCUAGUCCUCAGUUUCGCUGACGGGGGCCUGCAAACGCUGGAAUUCACGAGGCGGCGUGGAGUGGACGGCCCGGAUUGGAGGUUUGUGCCGGGGGGAAGCUGCGAUGGUGACACGUGUCGGCCGUGCGGCGCGGUUGCGUGGCUUGGGGGGGAUCUCGUGGGGGCGUUUGUAAGGGGGGGGGAUGGGCACGUGAUGACAGUGGGGCCGGAUCGGGAGAUGACGGCGGUUGCGGAGGUUGCAAAUGCUGCGCCGAUAGUAGACUUUCAGCUGGCUGACCACUUCGACGAGAAGCAGGACCAGCUGUUUGCUUGCUGCGGAGACGGCCCCUCCGCCAGUCUACGCGUGAUCCGGCCGGGCAUAAGCGCCGAGCGCCUAUUGAGCACCCCGCCCGCUUAUAAGGGCGUCGCGGGCGUAUGGGCCAUGCGCAUGUCGGCGAGCGACCCGCACCACUCCUUGCUCGUCAUGUCCUUCGUCAGCGAGACGCGGGUGCUCUCUGUCGGGCUCAGCUUUGAUGACGUCACGGAGUCCGUUGGCUUCCAGCAGAAUGCCAGCACGCUGGCCUGCGGCCUUAUUAUCGACUGCCACGUGGUCCAGAUCUUCGCCCGGGGGGUCAAUCUGUGCGCUCCGACAGGUGCAGCGCACCCGUCGGGGAUCUACGCCGACCAACCGUACACUGCCACGUGGCGGCCUCCUGACGGGGCUUGCGUCAGCGUUGGGGCGGUGAGCACCGGACGGGUAGUCGUCGGGCUCUCCCGGCCGAGCGGGCUGGUCAUGCUCGGGGUCGAGAAGCGGCCGUCCGAUGGGGGACACGUGGCACUCGUCCAGCUGCAGAGCUGCUCCGUCGGCGCGGAGCUCUCUUGCAUCUCGCUACAGGACGCUCCGCGCGCAGGUGACGUCAGCGCUUCGAAGGAUGAUGUCAGCGCCUCGCGAGAUGACGUUACGGCAGGAGCGCAGUCGUCAGGAGAAGCAUCGACGUCCGGCUUGGACUCAGGAAAAAGCGACGGAAAGGUUUUUGCAAAAUUGCGCUUUGCUAUGCAAGCGGGCUCCGUGUGCGUCUUGGGGACGUACCGCCCGUCGGUCGAGGUCCGUUCCGCCCUCCCCGGGGACGGAUUCCGGCUGCUGGCGACCGUGUCCCUCACGGCCGGAACGGAUUAUCAGCAGAGGAACAUCUUGUCCGGACUCGGGCUGAGCUCGGACGUCCGAAGCUCGGCGGUUCCAACCGCUGGCUGCGUCCCAGAAAGCGUUCUUCUGUCGUUCUUCGACCGGGGGUAUCUACUGGUCGGGCUCAGGAAUGGACUCCUGGCGCGGUACGAGUGGCCGACUGCCCGGUUGGAACCGGCACUGAGUGCUCGGGGCGGCGACUCGUUUGUGCCGGACGGCUUGGGGAGCUGUCCGGUAGACGACACAGAGACACCGGCAGGUGUCUCAAAAAUGGAAACAAAAGCGUCGGAAGAGGGGCUCUUGAAAACAGUGAGCGGGUCGGAGAAUGAAGAUCUUACGGGCGGCCAGCAGGAACUCGGGACAAACGGAUUCCGGACAGGCGAAAGGGCUUCCGCCGGAUCCGGGGGGUCGGAUCGAGAUGACCAGGCGGCAAGCACGUCCAGCUGUCACGCUGAAUUGCCACUCACACUUGAACAAGUCGGGGAGAGGCGCAUUGGCAGUGCCCCGGUGUCUCUCAUCCCGCUCGCAAACCCAGACCCCUUUGGACGUAGUCCAAAAAGCCUUCAACGAGAUCCGGAUAAGACUGCACGGAAUCCGGACGCUAUCGGGGUAAAGUCGGACGCCGCCGAACGGAUUCAGUCUGCCGCCGACCGGUAUGUGGACGCGGCCGAACGGGAUGCGGACGCAACCCCGUGGAUUCCGGACGCUGUGGGGCGGGAUUUGGACGCUUUUGACGGCCACAGAAAUGGUUUGGACGGGCAAGCGGCGUCCGUUUCCAGCGCAUUCGCGGACGUUCUCGUCCUGAGCAAUCAGCCGUGGCUCCUGCACCGGUCCCGACGUGGGCGCGGCCGCAUGAUGACGUCACUGCUGUCGCACCCUGCGUCGUCGCACGCGACAGGUGUCAGCUGCCGGGAGUGCCCUCGGGGAAUCGUCUUCAUGACGGACUGUUGCAUGCAUCUGGUCGAGUUAGACGCCAACCACAAGUCGGACGUCCGCACACUGUCCUGCCCGGGCGCCCCUCGGCGCCUUCUCUACCAUCCGCCGUCCAAAACCCUCAUCGGCGCCGGCACUACCCCGAUCGAAAGCCCCGGGGACCCGCAGAGCUCAAUAAGUGCGAACUGCCCGGUAGGAAGCCCCGGGCACUCAAGAAAUGUCGUCCAUUGCAUAGAUCCGGACAGUGGGGCGAUUCUCUGUUCGGACCCUGCCUUCCCGCACCCGUCGGAACGCUGCGUCUCGCUCUCGUUAUGGCCUUCCGGCGCGGAACAGUACAUCGUCGUCGGGACUGCGCGGAAGUCCGGGGAUCCGGCCGACGAAGGGCGGAUUCUGGCCUCGCUGCUCGACCCGGAAGCGGAACCGGAGCUGCGGGGCGGUCUGUACAUAUACCGGCUCCGCUUUCCCGAGGGGGGAUCGUCAAAGGGAUCGACGACUACGGAAGAAGCGGCGUCGCUAGUAGAAGAAAAAGUGUACCAAAAUGAGUCACAUUGGUGGCUAGGUCCCGUCUCUGUGCGCAACAUGCCGGGCCCGGUGCUUGCCACGUGUCAGCUCGCUAUCAGUCCGUACGGACGGUCGUACCUGGCGGUCGCUGCGGGGUGCCACGUGUUCGUGUUUGGGAUCACGGGCCGCGCCGGCAGCAAUUCCGCUGUAGACGGGACGUCGCGGUUGAAGCUUAUGGCAAAGGCGCGAACGAGGUUCCCGGUGGUCGCCCUCUCCCCCGCCCCUUGCCCCUCCAAAUCAGCCGACGCUUACCUCUUUGUGGGCGACUCCCGAGACGGCGUUCUUCUGUACCGUUUCUCCACGGGCUCGCUCGAGCUGGCGCUGGCCGACCCGGAAAGGCGCUCCCUGGCUGACGUCAUUGCGGCCCCCGGUGACGUCAGAUCCGCGGCGAUUGGGGCGGACAGCGGCGGGGGCGUGGGGAUGAUGUCAGCGGAGGGGCGGCCGGUUGGGAGCAAGAGCCCGGAGAAGAACCUCGACGUCAAAGCUUGGUUCAAUCUCGGGGACCCACCCACCCGCUUACGUGCCGGUUCCGCUUUCACCCACCAGCCAUCUUUCCCCAAACCCGCGACCCGCGAAGCCUCCCAACCCGUGGAAGAACACCAGUCCCCGGGCGACGCGCUGCCCCUCGGGAAGGCUGUUUUCGUCGCGACAGCUUCCGGGGGGGUCAGUUCGUUAGAGAAAGUCCACCCCCUGGAGUACCAGUUUCUGGAGCUGGUGCAGCAGAGCCUGGCGGCAUUUCCGGCGACCGCGCCGCUCACGGGGAACGGCUACGCGGCGUUCCGGGCGAAGGGGUCCAAGGCGAAAGGGAGGCCAACGCUCGAGGCCGACUUCCUGGCUCAGUAUCUAGACCUCACCGAGUCACAGCAGCUCGCUGUGCUGACGGCGCGGUCUGCCUCUCUUGCUCGCGCACUUUCCGGCCUCUUGAACGAGGACGAGGGAAAGGAAAAGGCAGAGGACGGCAUAAUAGGUUUCGAGAGCUGUCAACGGAUACGAGAGAUCGCCGUCGUUCUCAUCGAGAACCUGUAGAGGUUGUAAGCCUCGUGAGUGGAUAAGAUAGACUGAGCUUUGGAGGUAAUGUGUGGCGCCGUGUGAAUGAGGAGGGUUUAAACCUGAAAAGGUGCCCGCUAAAUAGAUGCAGAGAUCUACGAUACACGAAGGGCAUCGAUCGUUGACAUUACCGAUUGCUUGACCGGAGAGUGUCUCACGUACCACGUACCUUAUUACGGGAGUGGCACAUGGCAAUUAUUCAAUGCUUUGAG